AUGAGGAUCAUAACUUUCGUAAUCUCGUUCAAUUGUAUGGAUAUCAAAACCAUUAUGGUGAGACUUUUGGGAAGUAAUACUGGACAGGAAAAGUACCCUUGCUAUAGGCAUAAUUGGCAGGUCACCAGCAGCAAGCCAGCAAGCACUACUAAUGGAAAUAGUUCUCACAAUUUUUCAAUUUCUAACACAGGAUUGGGAUCUAGUGGACUCGGCGGAGAAGAUACGACAGGUAAAAGAGAAGAGAACAAGAAAAUCCGGAAAAAAGACCAUGACACAAAGCAACUAUCAUAUGUACGAGCAUAA